CAACGCUACAUCAAUUAAACCUAUGCCAAGUCUUGAUUUUGAUAUGAUGCCAGCUGUAGGCAUAAACAUAAUGGUGACGGGUUUGACCACUCAAACUGUUAAAAAUGUAGGUGACGAAUCUGUUCUUGACUUUCACGUGGAAGAAAAUCUUGGAAAUAGAGAACCAAAGGAUUUUUGGUUAGAGAUGAGACAUAAUUCAAAUAUUAAUUAUUUGGCCAAUAAAAAUAAUUCUAUCAAUCAAACCAUGAGAUCUACGAUGGCAAUUUUAUCAGGCCUACUCUAUUAUCAAGAAUCCAUCAUAGAUACCAGCACAACUGAAGAGUCUAUACCUGGGAAACAUAUCUUGAAAUUAGAUGAUAUAUCACUAAUUUCUAGCAACAGACCUAAUACAUCUGCUCAAUCCAUUAAUCUACCAUAGUUGAACCAAGAGUCAACAAGUUCAAGGAACACACCUCGUACACCAAGAGGAUCUAC